AAUGACUAUAUACUAUAACCGCGAGUAGGCGUUAUCCCAUCUAUUGCAGCGCGCAGGUUCCUCUUUUCUUUCCUUUUCUGUUGCUUUCUUCUUCUCUAGUCCCUUCUCAUCCCCCUUUGCUUUACUUUUGCUGUUUGCUUAUUAGAGUUUCUCAAAUAAGAUUCUCUCUCAGUUUCAGUUUUCCUCUCAUCCAAUCAGCCGAAAGAAAAUAAAAAUAAAAAGAAGAAAGAUCCCCAAAACAAACGACAGUUAAUAGCAACGAAGUGAAAAAAAAAAAAAAAACAACACCGAAAAUUGAGGGGGCGUCAUGGCGUCUUCUAAGUUGAUCACGACCACGUCACAGACGAAUCCCGAUGUGACACGUCAGCCUUCUCUGUGCUCUUCGCUCUCCACUCUCUUCGCUGAUCUCCAAAACCAACAAAACAACAAUGAAAACCGAUCUCAGAACUGCGUUGGUUCCAUGAGUAUGGACGAUCUAUUGAAAAACAUAUACCCGUCGACACCGCCUCCUCCGCCGUCGACGACGGGGAAUACUGGUUCCGACGCUCACCACGCACAGUUCCUCGGUGGUUCCAUCUCGCGCGAAGGUAGCUUCUCGCUUCCGAAGGAUGUGGCUAGCAAGUCCGUUGACGAGGUUUGGAAGGAGAUCGUGGCUGGCGGAGGCGAUCAAAGGCAGGAAGGUCAACUUGAAGAGAUGACUUUGGAGGAUUUUUUGACGAAAGCUGGUGCGGUUAGGGAAGAGGACGUCAGCCGGGGAGUUGUUAAUCAGGUGGGUGCAGGUGUUUUUCACGUGGAGCCUGCCGUUAUCAACGGCGGUGGAAGUCAGUUUUCGACGUUUGGAAACAAAGGUGGCGUUGAUCAUCAGAGGUUGGUGGUGGUGCCAACUGGUGGAGGCGGGAGAGGUAAACGACGCGCCGUGGAGGAACCUCCUUUGGAUAAAGCGACACAGCAGAAACAGAGGAGGAUGAUCAAGAACAGAGAAUCCGCUGCUAGGUCUAGAGAACGCAAACAGGCAUAUACUGUUGAAUUGGAAUCUAUGGUAACACAUCUGGAAGAAGAGAAUGCUCGGUUGCGAAGAGAAGAGGCUGAGCUAAACAAGGAGAGGUUUAAGCAGUUGAUGAAGAACUUGGUCCCCGUCGACGAGAAGCAAAGACCGCGUCGUGUUAUCAGACGAGCUCAUUCUAUGGAAUGGUAAAUGAUCAGCAACCAGGGCCUUGUCUUUUUUUCUUUGUCAAUGCUGUGUCCAUUAUUGAAGCUAUAGGAAAAUAACCGCAAGAACCAAACUGAAACUGAAGUGGGUUAUGAAAGGCGAAAACAAAGUUUCGGUUUUCAAGCUUGAUCUAUAUUAUCCAUGUGGAAGAUCUUUUGAGAGUUGUUGGGAAUUGGGGACUUUCUUUUUGCAUAGGAAGUCCAAUGCAAGACUGAAGUUUUAAGGUGUUGAAGAAGAAGAGGAUGCAUUUUGCCUAGGUUAGGUAUUGUGAAUAAAAAUGAAAGAAAAAAAAAAGAAUCUGAUUGUCAUUUGUGUAAAUCAUGUCAGAAGGAGAAGAUGGUAGGGCAGGCUUUGAGAGAACUGAUUUUAAUACAAAAUUAUUUAGUACAAAAAGAAUCAUGAGAAUAUUCGAGUGGAAA